GUAGAACAAUUAUAAAUCCCAUUUAAUUCACAAGGGACCCAUUUGUAUUUGUUUUGUAAUGAACUAGAAAAGGAGAAGAUAGGCCUUUAAAAAAAAUCCUCACAAAUCAUAAUACGGGAUUUAAUCUGGAAUUGGGCAGAGACACAGCAAGGUGAUUGGGCAUUCCAAGUACCAAGAAUCCAAAAGAAUUGCAAUCUUUCUGAGCAUGCCAGAUGAAAUCCAGACAGAAGAAAUCAUCAAGGACAUUUUUAAGCAAGGCAAAGAGUGUUUCAUCCCACGUUACAAACCUCACAGCAAUCACAUGGACAUGCUGAAGUUGUCGUCAGCUGAAGACAUGGCUUCACUCACUUUGACAUCCUGGAAUAUUCUUCAGCCCAGUGAUGGUGACAGCACAAGAGAGGAAGCUCUUGCUGGCGGCGGUCUUGACCUUAUCUUCAUGCCAGGCCUAGGGUUUGACAAAAAAGGCAACAGAUUGGGAAGAGGGAAAGGAUAUUAUGAUACCUAUCUUGGAAGAUGUAUGAAACAUCCCAGUGGAAAGCCUUACACGAUUGCCUUGGCAUUUAGGGAACAGAUUUGUGAAUCUGUACCUGUGACAGAAAAUGAUGUCCAAGUAGAUGAAAUCCUUUAUGAAGACUGCUAGAAGUGCCUUGGUACCAUCCUGCCUUCAGAGUGACCAACCAAAGACUACAUGUCCAUCAGUCAGAACUUUGCUAAUAGUCAUGCAUGAUGCUGGGGCAUAUUUGCCUCUGAGCUGCAAGAACAACAACAACAACAAAAUACAGCGAUGUAAAUGUGGUAAUGGUAAUGCAAAUUGCAUUGAUUUGUUUCUAAUUAACGAAUACCUGUAGUGCAUUCUUAUUCUGGAACCGAUAGAAAUAAGAGUAUGCGACUCUUUAGUAACUAGGAGUCAUUUCUUGUCAUAAUAAUUGUGAGGAACAAGCUACGUGGCACUCACAGUUUUAUUAUUCCAGUUUCCAAGUGAACUGCCUGCUGCUACAGAGAAGACCUACAGCAAGCUGGGCUGAAAAAGGUGAUUCCAAAAAAGUCUGAGCUGAUUUUUCUGUAUUCAAAUAACACUGGUUUUGCUUGGCUCUUUAGAGUGGUCUCACAAUAAAAGGAGUAUCUGCUAAUAACAAAA